UUGAGAGUAUUAUUGACUACGACUGGUUAUGUGUGUAGGGUAAACUGUCACACAACAAUAUUAUACAAAUUCAAUAAAACGAAUGCGAUAAAUCUUGAUAGUGCAAUAAUUUUGCUGUAAUUCGAGGUGAAGAAUAUUUAUAUACGUGGAAAAUUGAGGAAAUUAUUUUCCGUUAAAACUGAUGGUCGUUCUGGAUUGAACGAACAAUAAUUUUUGAAUUGUUAUAAAAGUUAUUCCCGAUUGUGUGAAGCAGUCUUUAGUGUUUGCUUGAAAUGGAGGAUGCACAAGAAGAGUUACAAUUUGUAGUAGAUGAUGUAAGCAACAUUAUCAAAGAAGCAAUUGAGGUAUCAAUAGGAGGCAAUGCAUAUCAGCAUAAUAAAGUUAAUCAAUGGACCUCAAAUGUUGUAGAGGCAUGUUUAGGCAAUCUUACAAAAUUACAAAAGGCUUACAAAUAUAUUGUAACUUGUACAAUCAUGCAAAAAAAUGGAGCUGGGCUGCAUACCGCGAGUUCAUGUUACUGGGAUAAUGCUACUGAUGGAAGCUGUACGGUACGUUGGGAAAAUAAAACUAUGUAUUGCAUUGUGUCCGUUUUCGGACUGGCGCUUUAGAUUUAUUUAUCUACAAAGUAUAAUUCUAUGCUCGAAAAAAAGAAAUAAUUUAAUAAUUUCGUAGAUAUGAGAUGUAAUAAACACUACUUUCAAAAAUAAAAUGUUUUGAAUGUUCUAAAUGAAUGUUCUAAUUUUGUCUAAUAAAAAUUAGUAUUUUUGCACAAAUUUGUAAAAACUGAUGCUAAAAGUAGAAAAAGCAAAUAAUUGUGCUAUUUGAAUGUAGUUAAAGCAAUGAUUAAUAUGAUAUGUGAUAUAAAUAAAAUUGAGAUACAUAUAUAUA